GUUGGCUCGCAUAGCCAGUCGAGCUGGCUCGGGCACGAGCGACACAUCUGAACCACACUAGGAUUUCAAUUUCAGUCGUUAUCCCUACCGAUCUAAUAUACUUUAAAAGACGCCGUAGAAAUGGAGGCGAUACACACCACGGGUAUUUGGAUGGCCCACUAUCUGCAGCAGCAGACAGGUAGCCUCGAGAAGUUCUGGCUCACCGUCACUCACUUUGGAGAUCCCCAAAUAGGAUUUCUGUUCCUAUUCCCUUUAGCUUAUUUUGUGUGUAGUCGAUUGGGAGUUGCGGUGCUGUGGGUCUCAGCCCUGUCGGAGUGGCUAAACUUGAUGCUUAAAUGGGUGCUAUUUGGAGACAGGCCAUACUGGUGGGUUGGUGAAUCUCGUGUAUAUUUCAGCACAAAGCCCAAAAUCUCCCAGUUUCCAUGCACCUGUGAAACUGGCCCAGGCAGUCCGUCAGGACACUCGAUGGUGACUGCUGCAGUCUGGUGGGUUGUGGUGCCCCCUCUCAGCUCCUUUCUGCACUCCCGCACUCACUGCUGGGUUAUAUCAACUGCUCCCUAUGUGAUUUAUGCGCUGCUGCUGGGUGCAGUUGGAACAUCCAGAAUCUUUAUCCUUGCUCAUUUUCCUCACCAGGUUGUUACUGGUAUCAUUACAGGUAUCUUUCUGGGGAUUUUCUUGUCAAGACCAUUACCAGAAGGGCACCCCCUGUUGUUCUUCGUCAGCUUCAGUGCAGGAAUGCUGUUCAGUGCUCUGAUUCUGAAUGUUGCCCUGCGGCUGGUUGGCAUUGACCUCCUCUGGACUGUCGCUUUGGCGAAGAAAUGGUGCAGCCGUGCUGAGUGGAUCCGCAUGGACACAUUCCCAUUCUCCUCCCUGGCCCGGGACUGCGGGAGCCUUGUUGGUCUGGGCCUGGCCCAGUACUGGAAGCAAGGCAAAUGGUGUCUGUCGUUCAAACACCGCGCUCUGUCCCUAGUUGUUUCAUCCAUUGGGCUUUACCUCUUGUGCAGCCUGCCGCUCCCUCACAAAUCAGAGGGCCUCUAUUACUGCUUGGUCUUCGUCAAGUUCACCCUGGUGCCUCUGAUUGUCAUAGUGCUCAGUCCUGGGCUGGCUCACUUUUUCAUACGCAGAAGAAAAAAGGAUUAGAGAUGCACUUCUUCACAUGAGUCAAUGUUGUCUUGUCUUCAGUCUUUUAUUCUUCUUACUUCUGAAUGUUCCAACUCUAAAUGCUGUAUUUCAGAUAUACAUUUCUGAUUAAUGGUGUUAAACAGGAACCAAAAAUAUAUACUUGUAUUUUCUUUUAUAAGUGACGUGAUCAAGGGUUUUUAGCCUGUCAAAAUAUUUUUGUAUUUGACAACGCACUUUUGCCUCAUUCAUGGUGAUUGUGAGAGAACCUUCGUGCUUUCCAAAUUUGUCCAUGUUAAUGCACUGCUGGUGUUCUGAGUGUUAAAAAAAACCCAGCUCUAUUGUGCAUAGGCCAAUAUCAAGUUUCCCCUGUUUGUAUGACACAUACAAACGCAUAAGUGUCUGUGUGCGUAAUACGUACGUAUUACGCAUGUUCCUCUGUUUCUGGAACAAAAACAGAAAUAUUUCCACAUGUAGCAUUGUUUCUUCUGCAGUGAACAGCAACAGGGGGAACCACUGUAUGUACUUUCUUUGGCAUCUCAUUAAAAGUAGUUCAAUUUGUAGGAAAUGUUUCAUGGAUAGCUUGAGGUUUCAAGACCAUUACUUUUGAAAACCUCAGUGUCUCUUAAUGUAGCCUACACUGAUCCCUGCAUAAAAGGCGACUUAAGGUUGUGUUAAACUGUUUAAAGCUAAAAGCACCUUCAUUUAUACCAGAUGUGUCAAACGUUAGAUUUCAAUCACAUUUUUUUUACAGGCCCUGGGGGUCGAGAUAUUUGAGUCUAUGCUUUUUUAAACUGUAGUUUUUUUUUAGAGUUUACUUUUGCAGCAAAAGGGGAAAGGAAAUACUAAAACAAAACUAUUUUACUGUGCGGUUUAUUUUUUUUAGUUAAAUCCUUUGAAGAGCCAACUAAAAAAACAUUCCUUUCCUGUAAAAUUCCUUCCUACAUUUUCAUACAGUAGCUAAUACAUCCAGAUCCACAAAGUCUUAACACUAUUUUCUUGAUAGGAAGAUUUAUUUUUGAAUAGAGGAAACAUGUCAAUGUUAAAAUUCAUUGAGAUGCACUAUUUUUGAUUUUUGUUUCUACAAAUUAAAAAUUCAAUUUAAAGAUC